GAGCAGUAGCACAAGGCGCGCACGAACAACUCAACGCUGACAUUCUUCAUAAAUUUAUCUCGCUAAAUAUGACAUCCAAAGUGCAGUUGUAAGUGCUUCAGGAUGGAGUUGAUGGAUGAGUUGCCCGGUGUUAGAGAUGCUCUGGUCCAGCAGAUGUUAAACGACACGCUCCUGCAGCGGAAUUUAAGCGCGAUAGAUGAUGUAGAUGGACCACUACCUACCAGCAUAAAGAUCACCGUCGUUGUGGUUUACUUGAUAGUGUGCGUGGUGGGGCUCGUGGGGAACUGCCUGGUCAUGUAUGUAAUUAUCAGGUACACAAAGAUGAAAACGGCCACCAACAUUUAUAUCUUUAACCUGACCCUGGCUGACGCACUAGUGCUUGCCACUCUUCCUUUCCAAGGCACAGAUGUCCUCCUUGGAUUCUGGCCUUUUGGUCUGGCUCUCUGCAAGAUCGUGGUGGCCAUUGACUACUACAACAUGUUCACAAGUAUCUUUACUCUGACCUCAAUGAGCGUGGAUCGAUACAUAGCGGUCUGCCACCCCGUGCGCUCCCUGACAGUUCGUACCCCGUUUCGAGCCAAGCUGAUCAACGUGGCUGUGUGGGUGUUGGCAUCCGCCGUAGGACUUCCAGUCAUGAUCAUGGGUCAGGUGGAGGAGGAUUUUAACGGUGUCGAGUGUGUAGUGACCCUUCCUGACCCAAGAGGACACUGGGAGCCUGUGUUUGCUACAUGCAUCUUCCUCUUCUCUUUUUUGAUUCCUGUGGCGAUCAUAAGUUGCUGCUAUGGGUUGAUGAUACGUCGCCUGCACAGCGUACGUCUCCUUUCGGGCUCGAAGGAAAAAGACCGUAAUCUGAGGAGAAUCACCUAUAUGGUACUGUCUGUGGUCGCUGCCUUUGUGUUGUGCUGGAUGCCAGUACAGGUCUUAGCUUUGAUCCAAGCCCUGGGGAAGAUAGAUCUCGGCGGGAGCCGGGCCGCAAUGGCGGCCAUGCACUUCUGCAUCGCUCUGGGCUAUGCCAACAGUAGUUUAAACCCUGUGCUCUAUGCCUUCCUGGACGAAAACUUCAAACGGUGUUUCCGUGAAUUUUGCAUGUCGGCCAACCCCGGUUUGUACUUAGAAGAACAGCGCAAGAAGUCACUGAGGCGUGAAGAGGGGGAAUGUGGUGAGGUUGAGGCAGGUGUUUUACAUGAUAAAGAAGAGGUUAUUGAUGUAGGUGCCAUUCCAGCAUGUGUAAAUUAAUGGUUCUCUUUAAAUCAGUGAUUUUUGUAUUCUAACCAAAAGAAAAGUGCAAUUGAGUGAGGUCAUGUGAACAUGAACACAGGAUUAAGAUUUAAGCAAAUGCUUUCGUGACGCUAAACUUCACACGAAGGCUUUUGUCCUAGUUCACAUUAGUGAACAAUUUACAAGACCAUCAAUUCUUUAAAGGAAUAGUUCACCUUAAAAAUAACAAUUCUGUCAUCAUUUACUCACACUCUUGUCAUUUUAAACCUGUAUGAUUUUCUUUCUUUUGCAAAACAAAAAAGAUGAUAUUUUGAAAAAUGUUGGUAACCAAAAACCGUUGGUCCCCAUUGACUUCUAUUGUAUGGACCCAAAACCAAUUCAAGUCAACGAAGACCAACGGUUUUCUUAUACCAACCUUUUUCAAAAUAUCUUCUUUUGUGUCCUGCAGAAGAAAGAAAGUCAUACCGGUUUGAAAUGACAAGAGGGUGUGUAAAUAAUGACAGAAUUUUUAUUUUGAAAAUGAACUAUUCCUUUAGGGAUAAAGGGCUUUUUAUUUUUGAACCAGCACUUUCCCCUUUUCUGACUUCAUUGUUUAUUGUAGCAUUAACAAAUAUUUAUAUUAUAUUUAUAUAAAAUAUAUGUAUGAUUACUGUUUGUUGUAUUAUGUUUGAAAACAUGCUGCUUUUGUUAUGAAAUUGGUGUACUGGAAUUGCAUAUGCUACUUAUUUGAUAAUUGUGCUAAACAAAGUUGUGAAAAUACAACCUUUAAAGGGAUAGUUCACUCAAAAAUGAAAAUUCUUUCAUCGUUUACUCACCCUCAAGUCGUUAAAUAUCGGUAUAACUUUCUUUACAAAACAAAAAAGAAGAUACUUUGAAGAAUGUUGGGAACCAAACGACAUAAUUUCCCAUUGACUUGCAUUGGUUUUGUGUCUAUACAAUGGAAGUGAAUCGGUAUUGCCAUUGUUUGGUUACCAAUAUUCUUUAAAAUAUAUAUUUUUUGUGUUCUGCAGAAGAUAAAGGUCAUACAGGUUUGAAAUGACAAGAGGGUGAGUAAAUAAUGGCAGAUUUAGCUUUUUGGGAGAACUAUCUCUUCAACAUAAAGUAAGUAAUGUAAUUAUACAGUAUACAGUAUAUAAUGCACACAAAUAAUUACUCUAUUACACAAACAUAUUUGCUCAGUAAAUGUAUCUAUAUUUAAAGGUGUUACCUUAAAAGCUUUAUGAUGAAUCAUAUGUCAGUACAGUCUGGAAAUAAAAUAAUCUGCUAUGAUACUUAUCUGCCUGUAUUUAAUUUGUCACCUUUAACAAUGUUUCAGAAUGACAGGCUUGUGCUAAUGAAGACAGGAAUCUUUCACAGAAAACAUCUGUUUGACAUCUGUGAAACACAGUUAAGACGUGGGAAACUUAAACAUUUUUUAGAUUUCUGUUUAUCUCUUGUAUCUGUGGUGAUCUUGAGGCUCUUGAAAUCACGUUUCUUUAAACUCUUUGUUAUAUGGCCAGCUUAAAAGUGCCAACUGUGAAGGAUCUUAGAAACAUCUGUUGUUCUCUGAGAAAUAAAAAAAAAUGCUUUCCAGAUGGUGUUCUAAUGCUUCAUAGAUGCUCAGUAUGCCUCGC